CUGUGCCCCCAGGACCAGGGUAUUAAAAUUCUCCUCUGCUUUCCUGCCGUGAGGUACUCAAGGUGACAACUUCCGUUUCCGGUUGCCUCCGGCUGGAGGGUUGAAUGUUGAGUGUCCUGAGAGGUCAGAUUGCUGUCAGUGGUUGUGCUAAAUCACAUUCUCACCACCUGGGUGUAAAAGUGGAAGGCAUAUCAUCACAAUGUGUUUUCUCCAGUUUUCACAGUCUUGCAAAAAAGUUCAUGCGAUCCGUAUGUAUUAACCACAGUAGUACUACAUAAUAAAAGAAUCACCUGAAGAAAGCAGGUAACAACAUUUUCCUAUAGACAUGGCCCAUGGACAUGGACAUGAACAUGGUCAUAGUAAAAUGGAACUUCCAGAUUAUAAACAGUGGAAGAUAGAAGGGACACCAUUAGAAACUGUCCAGGAGAAGCUGGCUGCACGAGGACUAAGGGAUCCAUGGGGCCGCAAUGAAGCUUGGAGAUACUCUGGUGGCUUUGCAAACAAUGUUUCCUUUGUUGGUGCAUUAUUAAAAGGAUUCAAAUGGGGGUUUGCUGCAUUUGUGGUAGCUGUAGGGGCUGAAUAUUACCUGGAGUCCCAGAACAAAGAUAAGAAGCAUCACUGAAGAUAACAUCUGGAAGUAUCUUUUAAUGUUUUCUUAAGUCUCUUAUGGAAAGAUUUCUUCGUUGUAGCCUACUUGCCUGUGUGUUUGUUCCUUAAAGAAUACUAGUAAGAUUUAAUAAAAUAAGAAUACACAUUG